AAUGAAGGAAAAGGGACUUGUUGAAGUUAGAUAUACUGAAAUACGUUCUCAACUAGAAAAUUGUUUAGCAGACGGCAGUCCAUUAUUGGUAACAGACUGUGAUAUACAGAAAUUGGCGAAGGAUGCAAGAUUCCGAUAUGCCAUACAGAGAUGCUCAGAUUUCAUCAACGGCAAAAACAGAUUUAAAAUCAUUGUGGAAGACCAUGAGGUGGAGUGUGACCCAAGAUUCCGCCUGUAUCUACAUACAACAGUGGAGCCACACAUGGUACCCCAGCAGCUGGCAGCAUACGCUUCUGUCAUGUACUUCCAGUUAUACAGGAAGGACGUGGAGGAAGAAUUACUCAACAGGUUCAUGGCUCAUGAGAAAUCUCGACUAGAAGAUGAGCAGACAGCUCUUAGACAGGAGAGACAGGAGAAUAUGGAGUUCCUGGACAAACUAGAGAAACAGAUGAGAACUAACCUCUCUAGUGAUGUUAGACUUAUGAAUGACCUCCAGGCAACCAAAAAACUGGCAGAACUCAAGAAACAGUAUGAUGAGACUGUGGAGACACAAACCCGAGUUGAGAUGAGUGAGGCUUCUAUAUUGAAGGCGAGAGAUGGUUUCCGAUCAAUUGCUCAGAGGGCGGCUGUUUGUUUCGAUGUAACUCAGUACAUGCGUGAAGUGAAUCCACUUUAUCAGAUCUCGUACAAUAGAUUCCUUGAUAUAUACGAUGCUGCCAUUAGCCAUUCUGAAAGGUCAGCAAUUAAAGCUGUUCUAGAGAAAGUGACCAGUAAUGCAUACUACUACACUGCUAGAGGUGUCUUUGAGAGAGAUAGGUUCAUCUAUGCCCUUCUUCUUGCUAUUGAGGUUGAAGAUUCUCUUGAUCGUCUUGGUCCUGGUGAAAGAGAGUUUCUUAUCUCCCCUGACUACAGUUCAGUAGUGAUGCUCUCCCUUGGUCAUAUUCAACAAUCCCAGGAGAACAAGAUUACCCAGACCAAGAAGCCAUUUGAUUGGAUGACUGAUGACCAGUUCCAUAACCUUCAAGUGCUAGCUACACAUUUCGAAUGGUUUCAGGAAAUGUUUGAUCGCAUGCCGAAAGAUGGUCGUGAGACACAGUGGCGUAACUUGUGCGAGACUGACAGUCCUGAUACCACACCUCUACCGGACAAGAUGGACGAGGUGUAUAAACCCAUGCAACGUUUGUGUGUAGUACGUGCCGUCAGAAGUGAUAAAAUCAUGCAGGCUUCCACUGUGUUUAUAAACGUUGUGCUUGGCAAAAAUAGUUUACCAGCACCAGCUGGUAGAAAGGGGUAAGUUACAGAAUGUGCAGGCGACUAUUGCACCAUGUAAUCAUGUAGUGGGUGGGGUAAAACAUUUGCUGUCUACUGCUGACUAAUUGUAGAAUUGUUGUUGCUGCAACUAAACUUGGUUAAGGUAGUUUGUGUGUUUGAUAUGCAGUCUUGUCAAGUUCUCGUAAAUGUUUCAGUAUCUAUUUGAUAUCUGUAAACACUCCUAAAUUUGUAUUAUAUUCUAGCCCUGCUAUCAAGUUUGGGAAUGACCUUUUGCUAUUUUAAAGAGUUUAAUUUUUUUUUUUUUAAAAAGAGCUAAAACUAAUGAGGCAAAAAUAUAUGGUUCGGCCAAACUGCAAGGAUGUAAUGAUGGGAUAGACUUUAUACUGAUCCUGAGAGUAUCCAAAAACGUUUUAAUGUUUACCAAAGAAUUUUUUUUAAAAAUCAAAGUUUUUUUUUAAUUCUGGACAUAUUUGAACAGCAUUUUUUGGCAAUUGAGAAUAUUUUUUUUUAAAAUAGAAUCUAAAUAAGGAUCAAGUUUAGGAUCAAAAUCAAUAUUUGCAUCAACUGUAAAAUGCCCAUUAUACAUUGUACCAGUAGUGUGAAACAAUGUUCUAGCUGUAGAUCUGCUCGGUUCAAUGUUCAGAAUAAUUUGUUUGCUAUUGGUGUAUAACUUAUUCUGAUGAAAAGUUGCAAAUCUUCAUAUGAAAUAUAAAGUAGUUUUAACUUACCCACUCUUUAAUCAUGUCAUGUAGUGAAAACAUUUAACUUUAAUAGUCACUC